GAGCAGCACGUUUUGGGGGGGAAUCAGGAAAGGAGGUUGGGCAGUAUGAGAAGGGGCCGGAACACCUCUCCAGCCAGAAGGAAUUCACUGGUGGGUUGCUGGAGUCUGUCCCCGGGGGUUGGGCCGUAUCAUCUGCUCCGGGACUCAGAGAGGGCUAGGCACCUGCCCAAGGUUGCACAGCCUGCCUCCCGAUGAUGACGGAGGCCCUUAGCCACUUCCUGAGGGGCUUGGACUUCAUCCUGCAGGCCACAAGGAGCCAGGAAGAUUUUUAAAGUAGGCGACAGCAUGUACAUUCUUAAGAAGAGUUUUGCAUUUUUAGAAAGAGGAACUCCCAGAAUGGUUAAUACUUAGCCCAGGGGCCUGAAUCAUCAGCAAGGAACUUGGGUUUUGUGGGUGAGAGAAGAAAGGGGCCCCCUAGGACCGCUCAAGUCUCCUCAUCCAUGUGAGGGGGUCCGGGCAUCUCCUUCAUUACUGCCUGGUCUGGGGGCAGAGCCAGAGGCAUGGGGAGCCCACCCCCGCCCUCAUGCCUGUUACUCCCUGCUGGAGGUGCCAUGCCCACUCUCGGGGGUAAGGAAGGGGAGGCUGUGUGCCCCUCUCCCCACGUGGAGGUUGGAGGGCACCGACCCUGUGCCCUGGGGUAGGAGAGCCAGGGGAGGUGCUUUGUAACAGCCCCACACCAGGAAGCACCCUCUGCCCUCCCCCCUCCUGAGACAUUUCCUCCAGAUGAAAUCACACCCGUAUCAGGGGAACAGGCCCCCAUUGUGAAGGGCUGGGGUCCUGAGAGAAAGGGCGUCUUUCAGGCCCUUAAAAAUAGCAGCCCUGAGAUUUAUGAAUCCGCAUGGACUGGAGUUGUCCCAUCCUCCGCCCAGCACCAGCACAGGCUCUUGUCACAUGCACCCCAGACCGUGACCUGUUGGUGACCAGCUGGAGAAUCCACCAGCCCAGGCGGGGAGGGGUUCAUGAGCCUUCCCUCUGCGAAGACCCUAAGACCGGCACCGGCGUUAACCGGAACAGCGAGGGCCUCUGAGAGUUCUCCCAUGUGGUCCUCGCCAGAGCUUUAGCAGAUGGGGAUAAUCGACGUUUUACAGAUGAGGAAACUGAGGCACAACUAGAGGUGAGCGCCAGGCCCGCUGAGCCUCCUCAGAGCCGCCAGCCAUGCCCGGGAUUGUGGUGUUCCGGCGGCGCUGGUCUGUGGGCAGCGAUGACCUCGUCCUGCCGGCCAUCUUCCUCUUCCUCCUGCAUACCACCUGGUUUGUGAUCCUGUCCGUGGUGCUCUUCGGCCUGGUCUACAACCCGCACGAGGCCUGCUCCCUGAACCUGGUGGACCACGGCCGCGGCUACCUGGGCAUCCUGCUGAGCUGCAUGAUCGCCGAGAUGGCCAUCAUCUGGCUGAGCAUGCGGGGGGGCAUCCUGUACACGGAGCCCCGCGAGUCCAUGCAGUACGUGCUCUACGUGCGCCUGGAUGAGGAAACAGAGGCUGAGAGAGCCAUCCUGGUGAUCGAGUUCAUCUACGCCAUCGUGGGCAUCGUCUGGCUCACUCAGUACUACACCUCCUGCAACGACCUCACUGCCAAGAACGUCACCCUCGGGAUGGUCGUCUGCAACUGGGUGGUCAUCCUGAGUGUCUGCAUCACCGUCCUCUGCGUCUUUGACCCCACUGGCCGCACCUUCGUCAAGCUGAGGGCCACCAAGAGGAGGCAGCGCAACCUGCGUACCUACAACCUGCGGCAUCGCUUGGAGGAGGGUCAGGCCACCAGCUGGUCACGCCGGCUCAAGGUGUUUCUCUGCUGCACCCGGACAAAGGACUCGCAGUCAGACGCCUACUCGGAAAUCGCCUACCUCUUCGCCGAGUUUUUCCGGGACCUGGACAUCGUGCCGUCUGACAUCAUCGCUGGCCUGGUGCUGCUCCGGCAGCGACAGCGAGCCAAGCGCAACGCCGUGCUGGACGAGGCCAACAACGACAUCUUGGCCUUUUUGUCGGGGAUGCCAGUGACGAGAAACACCAAGUACCUCGACCUCAAGAACUCGCAAGAGAUGCUUCGCUACAAAGAGGUCUGCUACUACAUGCUGUUUGCGCUGGCUGCCUACGGGUGGCCCAUGUACCUGAUGCGGAAGCCCGCCUGCGGCCUUUGCCAGCUGGCACGGUCCUGCUCGUGCUGCCUGUGUCCCACGCGGCCCCGGUUCGCCCCCGGAGUUACCAUCGAGGAAGACAACUGCUGUGGCUGCAACGCCAUUGCCAUCCGCCGCCACUUCCUGGACGAGAACAUGACCGCGGUGGACAUCGUCUACACCUCCUGCCAUGAUGCGGUGUACGAAACCCCCUUCUACGUGGCAGUGGACCACGACAAGAAGAAGGUGGUAAUCAGUAUUCGGGGAACCCUGUCUCCCAAGGAUGCCCUGACGGACCUGACUGGUGAUGCUGAGCGCCUCCCCGUGGAGGGGCACCAUGGCACCUGGCUGGGACACAAGGGAAUGGUCCUGUCGGCUGAGUACAUCAAGAAGAAGCUGGAGCAGGAGAUGGUCCUGUCCCAGGCCUUCGGGAGAGACCUGGGCCGCGGAACUAAGCACUACGGCCUGAUUGUGGUGGGCCACUCCCUGGGCGCGGGCACCGCCGCCAUCCUCUCCUUCCUCCUGCGCCCCCAGUACCCGACCCUCAAGUGCUUUGCCUACUCCCCACCAGGGGGCCUGCUGAGUGAGGACGCCAUGGAGUACUCCAAGGAAUUUGUGACAGCUGUGGUUCUGGGCAAAGAUCUCGUCCCCAGGAUCGGCCUCUCUCAGCUGGAAGGCUUCCGCAGACAGCUCCUGGACGUGCUGCAGCGAAGCACCAAGCCCAAAUGGCGGAUCAUCGUGGGGGCCACCAAAUGCAUCCCCAAGUCAGAGCUGCCGGAGGAGGUGGAAGUGGCCGCCCUGGCCAGCACACGGCUCUGGACUCACCCCAGCGACCUGACCAUUGCCUUGUCGGCCAGCACCCCGCUUUACCCGCCCGGCCGCAUCAUCCACGUGGUCCACAACCACCCAGCAGAGCAGUGCUGCUGCUGUGAGCAGGAGGAGCCCACGUACUUUGCCAUCUGGGGUGACAACAAGGCCUUCAACGAGGUGAUCAUCUCCCCCGCCAUGCUGCACGAGCACCUCCCCUACGUGGUCAUGGAGGGCCUCAACAAGGUGCUGGAGAACUACAACAAGGGCAAGACAGCCUUGCUCUCUGCUGCCAAGGUCAUGGUGAGCCCCACCGAGGUGGACUUGACUCCCGAGCUCAUCUUCCAGCAGCAGCCACUGCCCACGGGGCCCUCCAUGCCUGCUGGCCUUGCCCUGGAGCUGCCCACUGCAGACCACCGAAACAGCAGCGUCAGGAGCAAGUCCCAGUCUGAGAUGAGCCUGGAGGGCUUCUCGGAGGGGCAGCUGCUGUCCCCAGUGGCUGCGGCUGCGGCAGCCCGCCAGGACCCCGUGGAGCUGCUGCUGCUGUCCACCCAGGAGCGGCUGGCGGCAGAGCUGCAGGCACGGCGGGCUCCCCUGGCCACCAUGGAGAGCCUCUCGGACACGGAGUCACUGUACAGCUUCGACUCCCGCCGAUCCUCAGGCUUCCGCAGCAUCCGCGGCUCGCCCAGCCUCCACGCGGUGCUGGAACGCGAUGAGGGCCACCUCUUCUACAUCGACCCCGCCAUCCCCGAGGAGAACCCUUCCCUGAGCUCACGCACCGAGCUGCUGGCCGCGGACAGCCUGUCCAAGCACUCGCAGGACACCCAGCCCCUGGAGGCGGCCCUGGGCAGUGGGGGCGCCACCCCCGAGCGGCCCCCCAGUGCUGCGGCCACUGACCAGGAGGAAGAGGGGGGUGGUGGGGUGGCCCCCCGUGGAGAGCUGGCGCUGCACAACGGGCGCCUGGGCGACUCGCCCAGCCCUCAGGUGCUGGAGUUUGCCGAAUUCAUCGACAGCCUCUUCAACCUGGACAGCAAAAGCAGCUCCCUCCAAGACCUCUACUGCAUGGUGGUGCCCGAGAGCCCCACCAGCGACUACGCUGAGGGCCCCAAGUCCCCCAGCCAGCAAGAGAUCCUGCUCCGAGCCCAGUUCGAGCCCAAUCUGGUGCCCAAGCCCCCAAGGCGCUUUGCCGGCUCUGCCGACCCCUCCUCCGGCAUCUCGCUGUCACCCUCCUUCCCACUCAGCUCCUCGGGCGAGCUCAUGGACCUGACGCCCACGGGGCUCAGCAGCCAGGAGUGCCUGGCGGUGGACAAGAUCCGGACUUCUACCCCCACUGGCCACGGGGCCAGCCCCACCAAGCAGGAUGACCUGGUCAUCUCAGCUCGCUAGCACCCAGAGGGGCUGCCGGCAGAGGCCUAGGCCAGAGCAGGUGGCCCCUCAGGCUCCAGGUGGCUACUCACAGAGCCGGGCAGCUUGGAGGAGAGGCCCCCGGGGUCCAAUUUAGCCUCAGGCAUGGGGCACUGCUGCUGAGCUGGGGGUCCGUAUCCCUACCUCAGCUUAGGACCCCUCAGAGCCAAGGCAGCUGGGAUCCGGGCCCUCCAGAUAGGGGAGGAGCAGGGAGUGGGGAGGAGCCUGGGGCAGCCUGCCAGCCUGACCCCAGGGGCAUCCUGGCACCCCCUGUUCCAGGACAGGCCGUGGGCAUACUGACUCCCCAUCACUGCCCUCUGGCUGCUCUCCCAGGGCUGAGAUGGAGAGCGGCCCCCUCCCCAUACAUUCUCAUCUGCGGUCUAGGCUGGCCUCUGCCCUGGCCACUCCCCAGACCUGGUGCCUGCUAGCCAGCCCUUGGGGUGAUCCCCCCACCCCCAAGGUGGCCCGCAGUGCUGUUUGUGUUUACAGAAGCUGCUGGGCUGGGCUCAGGUUGUGUCCUGGGCUUGCAAGCCCCCAGCCACAAUCAUGUGUUCAGUAGCCUCCCUCUGAGCAGGGCAGGGGCCUGGAGGGGCCUGGAGGAGGGUGGGGUCAGGACCGCCCCUUCUCUGCUUGGUGUCCUUCAUGCUGACCCCUCUGUCAAUGGGUUAUAAGCUCCCAAGCCUGUCCCGCCUGCCCAUUACUUCCAGGCUCACCUUCUAUUCCCGGGGAUCCUGGCCAUUCAAAGGGUGGACGGCACAGAUGUGAGCACCCCAGGCUGCAGAGUCAGUGCCCGGGGAGGAAGAGGGUACCCGAAUCCCACUUCCUUCGAGGGCCCCAUGGAACCACUCCCUGUCACCUCCCCCAUGCCUAGGCAGCCCCAGGCCCUGGGAACUGAAACCAGAUACCUCCACUCCCCUCACUGCCCUCCUGGUUGGCCUGGGCUCUCACCUGGGCCUUCUUCCCUCCCACCCACAAUGUUACGUCGACAGGAAGUGGGGCCAAGAGUAGGGCAUUGUGGGACCUGGCUAGAGACCCCCUGCUCUCUACUGCACGGGGUGUGGAGGGUCAGGCUCUGGACUGUCCUGGCUUAGCCAGAGGUUUCCGCAUCCCCCACUUGAAGGGUUCCUUCGCCGCUGGGCUGGGGGAGCAGUGGGGAGGUGGCGGCCAGGCCAUUCUCCAGAGGCCAAGGCGGGGAGGCCGUGCAUGCUCACGUGGGGGUGGGGGGAGUGUGCAUGUGCAUGAGUGUGUGCCGAUCCUGAGGAAGGGGCUGCUGGGGCACCCACCCCACCUGACCUGACCUGCUUGCCUACUGCCCACCCACCCCCGCCCACUCCCCAACCUGCCGGGAAGACAGCUAGUGAGCGUGAUGCGGCUGGAGGUCAGAGGAGGAGCUCGGUUUUGGACAUGGCCUGUCCUCCUUGUCUCCACCUGCUGCUCUGACCCCCGGUUUGGAAAACUCAUAUGCUGACUGUCCGCUUGUGCCUUCAUCUCCUCGGAGGCAUGCUCCCCAACUUCAAACCUGACCACGGCCUCCCCGCCGUCUAGGCUUCCCUGACCAAGACCCCUCAUUUCACGAUCACUAAUAUCUGGGGCCUGCGCCCUGAGCCUGACCCCUAACAUAACUGGGACUGCCCCAGACCCCUCCCUGGGACCCCUGCCCACCCUGACAGAUGGGAGCUGGGCCUCUGUGACUCCCACUCCUCACCAGGCUCCAGAAUGGUGCCCCAGCUGAGGGCCCCGCUGCUGGCAUAGCCUGGGCCCAGCACAGAAGCAAGACGAAUCAGUGGCUCUUAGAAUUAAAAAAAAAGACAAAUCAUAAAUCAGAGUAACGUUCCAAUGAGCACCCCCGCCAAUAGCAGGGAGAUUUGGGGGUCUAGCCUUUUAAUUCCUCCUUUGCCAAGGUGGGCUUGGGGCCUCUAAGGGGGUGUGGCACCCACCCAUGCCCAGGACUGAGCCAUCAGGGACAGACUCCCCACCCCAAAGCUGCAGCCACACAAGGUUACAGGCUUGGGGCUGGGGCAGACUCAGACUCAGCCCUGGAUGCCCCAGGGUCAGCCCACCCCUAACCUGCCCUCUCCCCACCCCGGCCCCGAAGGGCAGGCCUACUGCGUGUCUCUCCCUUCCGCCCACACCACACUUGGGGGGUCUGAGCCACCCCCCUCUGCCCGGCUCGGCUCAGCCCGACCCCUUCUCUGUUCCCUAGACCUGCAGCACAAGCUCUCCCAGUCAUACGCUGGCCUGUCCUCCCAGGGGCCCGGGUGACCUCCAUAUGCAAUCGGUAGAGAGCAGCCAGGCCCCACAGACACUCGUGCACUCUACAUGCCAUUCUCCCCUAACUCUUUUUGUACUUAAUGUAUGAAAGAUCCAAACUAAUAUUGCUGUAAAAAGGAGAGACAAAUUAAUAUAGCUUAUUCUAUAAAUAUAUCUGUAUAUAAAGGUUUCUGUAUAUUGUAUAGAGCUGUGUAUAAACUGGAUGUAGAAGCAUG